AUGCUCACAAAGAAAUGUACAGUCGAACCCGUCCCCGAGCCCCCGCCGCCGGACCCAUGUAAGCUCCAGCGCAUCAGACAGAAAGAAAAAGCAGGUAUCAAAAUAUGUCCACCAAAACCGAUAAUACAACCAGAGCCGCCACCACCUUGCCUGGCGAUCUGUAUAGAGAAGAUUAAAAACCCGCCAUACACAGUCUCGGAUCAGCCGGUUGUGUGUGUCGUGGAGCGAGAGAAGACAGGCACAGCCAGAUGUGACGCAAUCGAGGACAUGUCAGCUGCGCAUCCUGACCCACCGCACCCUUGCCAGAAGCAGCCCCCACCCCCUCCGCCACCGCCGCCACCACCCCCUGACCCCUGCGAGGUACAGAAACGAAAACAACGCCUAGCCGCAUGCAAAGAAAAGUAUAGACGCUACUACGAAUGA